CGAGGGGAGGAGUUUAGGAUGUAGAGCGGAAACGGCUUAAAAACUUGUGAGAAAAACAGUAAUAUUUGCAAUCGCCUAAAAGGUUACCCGUUCUCCCAUCAUUUAUGGAACAAGAUACUCAAACUCUUGAACAUGCCCACGUUGAGUUCAAAAAACGCAAUUUUAAACAGGCAGAGGAUCUAUAUACAACAUUUAUUUCAUCCUGUUUGCAAACAAGAAAAUGUGAGGCAGGUGCUCUCGCUUCUGCUCUAAACAACCGUGGACAAAUUAAGUACUUCAGAGUGGACUUCAAUGAGGCAAUUGAAGACUACACUUCUGCAAUUAAAGCUAAUUCUCAGUUUGAGAUACCAUUCUACAACAGAGGACUCAUUCACUACCGAUUGGGUUUUUCCCAAAAAGCUGAACAUGACUUCAAGAGAGUACUAGAGCUCAACGCUAAUUUUGAAGAUGCCAAAACAAGCUUAAAACAAACUUUAUUGGACCGACAGCACAAGAUUGAUAGAGGAUAUUAAGAUUGUAAACUUUUUGAAAAUAAAUCUACCCAAUUAGUACCUCUGAUACAACACAUUUCAAUGGGUCCAUAAUUGUAGAAUGUUUAAAUUGUUUUACUUUUUCUGAGUAACAUAAAUGCUAUAACAAUGGAUAACUAAUUGCUACUAUGACUGUAAUAUACAAUGCCGCAAUUUAAACUGGAACAAAUGCACUUUUAAAUGAACAUAAAUACGUUUGACAAAUUG